GUACGCGCGUUGUGUGUUUUCGAAAUCAAUUUUGAAGUUGUUUGCAUUCAUAAUUGAUAAUUUUCAACAUAUUCCAUCAAUUACCGUUUGUUUGCAUAAUUAACCCACUCGCUGUAAUUAACAACAUGUUGGCGCACAGCUUCGUGCUUCUCAUUAUUGUUUCGACAUCGUUCUACAUUUCGCGAGUCGUCUCCUUACGUCCCGCCGGCAAUGACGAUUACAUGCAAGGCAGCACUGUUGACAACGUUAAUCCCUUUGUGGCAGCGCGACAACGACUAAAACAACAACAACUUCAGUACGAACGAGCCAAGUAUAAAUACUUCGCUGAUAAUAAUGAGCACCAAGCUUAUGAUUUAAAUGGAAACAAUAAUAACAAUAUGGCAUACAGUGAUUACUUGCAACAACAACAGCAGCAACGAUUACAAAAUGGAAUUGCAAGCAUUGGAAAAACAAACAUGAAAGAAACACAGGCGAAAGCCAAUGACAAGCACGACGCAGCGCUCAACGAUUUUCCACCAAAUUCGGAAGAGGAAGCGGAGAAAGCGGCAGCAAAGAAGAAAUCAGAUUUAAAUGAUAUAUUUGGCAGCUAUCAGCAUGCAGCACGAAUGCAUAACGCAGCGAACAACAAAGAAGAUAAGGCAAAUCUGCGCGGCGAUUACGAGGUCUCUAAUGGCGAGUCCCAGCAUAGUGGAAUGGCUGCUCAGAAUGAAAUCGCGAAAAACGAACAUCAAACGAAACUUGCGCGACGCUCGGCAGCGCUGUCCCCUAAUCAAAAUCCAGCGGAUUAUGAGAACGAUGAAGAGCUCGAUUUGGACCUGCCCUAUGGCAUACAGAAUGUGCGCAAGCGUAUGGCUCGUCAUAAACCGGAUCAUACCAAAUCGAUCACUUAUCAGUCGCUGUGCCCCACCAAACGCAUCGCGAUACCGCUCGAGACUUCCGGUUACGAAUAUCGCCCCAGCCAUUAUGUAGAAGUCACAUGUGCACAUUAUACACCCGCACACAGUUUUGAGAUGAGAAAAAAUCGCAUUUGCUCAGAGGCGGGCUUCUCCUGCAUACAACUGAAUCGUACCAUUCACCUGAUAAGACGCAAUAAAGCAGCCAGCGACGAGUGUUGGGAGUCGGAAAUACGCAUUGUGCCCUCGGGUUGUGAAUGCAUGUGGCCGAAGCAUGACAAUGGCGAUAUCGCUGCCUACCAUGAGGCGCAGAAGCGUUUUGGCGCGUAUGCGAAUGUGCAGGCAAAUGCCGACUACGAGCAGGGCGUGGGCUAUCGCCAGAUACAGCCGCAACAAGCAGAAUUGUUCGGGAUAAAUGGAUUGCGUCGCAAUGAGAAUGCCGACGGCGUUGGUUUUGAGGCCUUCGAGUAUAAUUGAGGCUUGUUUUUUUAUCGAUGAAAGAUGAUUUGUUUGUUUGCGGACGACCCAGAUGACAAAGAAUGUGUUAAAUAGAAAGUGGAGGCAUUGAGAUCUCUCUGAUUUCCGAUCAUUUAAUUUACACACAUAAAAUAAGUAUAAUUGCUGAUUAUGUAAUUGAAAGUACCUUCUAAAUAAAUAUUUAGCAUAAAUUUAAUUUGCAA